AUGCAGAUCGCAUACCGAAGUCUAUCCCUCUUGCUGUGGUUGUGGUGUGUGUCAGCUACGAUAUUGCAAAAUGGUCAAAUCAGGGAAGAUGCCUAUCCCGGGCAAGCCGACCGGAUUGACCUAGAUGAUUCCUGGCGAAGUUACGGGCCUAACAGCUCUGAAAUAUCGUGGAAAGGCCGCUGGGACAGCAGAUAUAUCUCAUGUAUGACGCUAUGCUCCUCCGUCUGUCUUAUCGAUUCUAAUCGCGAAUGUCAUAGGGUGGUCGUUGCACCGGGACUCAAGGUCCAGUUCUCAGGAGACAAAGUAUGUUAUUAUCCUUCUGCUGUUAUGCUAGUGCUCUAA